CGGACCGCUCGGGGAGCCAUGGUGCCGCCGCCCGCCGCCUUGCUGGUGGCCCUGGCCGGCGGGCUGCUGGCGAGCUGGGCGUCCCCGGCGCGGGGCGCGGCGUGCGAGCCGGUGCGCAUCCCGCUCUGCAAGUCCCUGCCCUGGAACAUGACCAAGAUGCCCAACCACCUGCACCACAGCACGCAGGCCAACGCCAUCCUGGCCAUCGAGCAGUUCGAGGCGCUGCUGGGCGUCCGCUGCAGCGCCGACCUGCUCUUCUUCCUGUGCGCCAUGUACGCGCCCAUCUGCACCAUCGACUUCCAGCACGAGCCCAUCAAGCCCUGCAAGUCCGUCUGCCAGCGGGCCCGCGCCGGCUGCGAGCCCGUCCUCGUCAAGUACGGCCACGCCUGGCCCGACAGCCUGGCCUGCGACGAGCUGCCCGUCUACGACCGCGGCGUCUGCAUCUCCCCGGAGGCCAUCGUCACCGCCGAAGGCUCGGAUUUCCCUAUGGAUUCUAAUAAUGGCAACUGUAGAGGCACCAGUAUGGAGCGCUGCAAAUGCAGACCUAUAAAAGCUACUCAGAAAACUUAUCUCCGGAACAAUUACAACUACGUUAUUCGAGCUAAAGUAAAGGAGGUGAAGACCAAAUGUCAUGACAUCACUGCAGUAGUUGAAGUCAAAGAGAUUCUAAAAUCUUCCUUGGUGAACAUUCCUAGAGACACUGUUAACCUGUACACAAAUUCAGGUUGCCUCUGCCCACCUCUUCAUGCUAAUGAAGAAUACAUCAUUAUGGGUUAUGAAGAUGAAGAACGCUCCAGGUUACUCUUGGUAGAAGGCUCCAUAGCUGAGAAAUGGAAGGACCGGCUUGGUAAAAAAGUAAAGCGCUGGGAUCAGAAACUCCGUCAUCCUGGAAAAGGCAGAAAUGACCCCGGGCAAAGCGAUUCUGUUCAGAAAUCCAGCCGGACCAGCAAUCCACGGCAGAGACGAAACUAGAAGUGAAAUGUCAAUUAAAAAAAAAAUAAAUCCAUGGACUUGCAUAAAUUAAAGACUUGUUUGGAGCCGCAAAGGAGAAAUUGCACUAUUGCACGUUAUAUUCUUUUGUUUACUAUGGGAUUAUGUUGUAGCCAAUAUUAGUUUUACCUUC